AUCCGCGGACUUGAAAACACUCCAAUCUUAGUCCUUCCUUCUUGCACUCCAUCCUGGCUCAUCGCUCUCAUGUCCAUUAUCCAAGGCGUUUAUUACUAGUAUUAUCAUCGCCAUUUCUUCAACAUGAAGACCGGUCGUUAAUUCGACCGCAUUAUUCGAUCCAUCCGUGCUAGAUCAGCGCUUUCUCCUGGUCUUCUGCCUGGUUGGCUGGAUGUCGCUCAGCGAGACGUCCAAGUCGGCCCGCAUUCAGCGGGUCCGUUCCCGCCUUAAAACCCGUUUAUCCCAACUGCGCCAAGUUCUGGCUCAACAUGAAACCGAGCUCGAGCGACUCCAAGCCACAUCCGGCCCGUUUAUACCCGUACCCGCACUCGAUGCGGCCCCAGAGGAGCCGCCGGCCGGUAGUGCUAGGUUAAGUAGUCCGGCCUCACCCCGCCCGAGCGGGUCCGCUUCGCCCGUGGUGGUGGUGGCGCCGGCGGCGGGUCGUUCGCGAAGCUCGAGUCGACGGGGCGAGACGGCCGUGAGUGCGGCUGCGAGGGCUGAAGCCGUUAUCACCACACGGGUCCAACUCUUGCAAGCCGAGGGCAAAUGGGCCGGGGCUAAGAAAUGGAAGCCCGUAGUGGAGCCAGCCGUGAUGAAGACGCAUUGGGGCUACGUGUUGGAAGAGAUGACGUGGAUGAGUAGCGUGGUCCAGCAGGAGCUCAAGAUCCGUAAGACCUUGUCGCGGAAAUGCGCCCGCAUGGUCCAAAAACACUUUCAAGACCGUCACCUGGCCGUGGCACGGGCGCAGAAGGCCACUGAGACCAACAAACGCAAGAUCGCUUCGUUCAUGGCCAAGGAGAUCCGCGGGUUCUGGGCCAAUAUCCAGAAAUUGUUCGAAUAUCAACUCAAGACGCAGAUCGAGGAGAAACGCAAAGAGGCUUUGGAUGUGCAUCUGAAUUUUAUAGUGGACAAAACUGAAAAGUUCUCAACUCUAUUAGCCGAGAGCUUGGCCACCACCACCACCAAUUCCACGCCGGGCGGCAGUGAUGGUGAAAGUCUCGAUGGCGGCAGUUCCACGCGCUCGCAUAGCCGCCAAGACCGCGAAUAUCGACCGGCGGAAUCCUCGGACGACGAUGAAGCCACCAUUUCGAAAGACGAUGAUCGACGAGAAGACGACGAACUCGACGAUCUAAACCGCGAAGCGGACAUUCCCGUCGAGGAUCUUUUGAAGAAAUUCCAUCCCGAGCUUUUUGCCGAAAAAGAGGAGGUUGACCCAGACCCGGCAUCAACGAAGAGUGAGACUCAAUCCAGUGACAAAAGUCAGCCCAGGGGUGAAAAGGAUCAAAACGGCCAAGCCCAAGGUAACAAAGACAAAGCCGAUGGAGAGGACGAGGAUGAUGAUGAUGAAGAAGAUGAUGAUGAGGAAAAGACGAAGGAUCUAAAAGUAUUGGUCGAUCCUGAUCCCGAGGCGGACAGUGACAACGAUGAAUUUUUCGGAGCCAUCGAGGCCGCCGCACAGUUCAAGCCUACGGGCAACACGCUUGAUACGACCAAUGUCAAAACCAAGGUGCCCUUCUUGCUCAAACAUACUCUCCGCGAGUACCAACAUAUCGGCUUGGAUUGGUUGGUCUCUCUACAUGAACGCCAAUUCAACGGAAUCUUGGCCGACGAGAUGGGCCUGGGGAAGACCAUUCAAACGAUUGCCUUAUUAGCCCACUUGGCGUGCGAGAAAGGGUCCUGGGGUCCUCAUCUGAUUGUGGUGCCCACCUCCGUCAUGCUCAAUUGGGAAAUGGAGAUCAAGAAAUGGUGCCCCGCUUUCAAGAUCCUCACUUACUACGGAUCUCAGAAAGAGCGCAAAGCCAAACGUGUGGGCUGGACCAAGCCCAAUUCAUUCCAUAUUUGCAUCACCUCCUACAAACUGGUCAUCCAAGACCAUUCCAGUUUCCGACGGAAACAGUGGCAUUAUCUCAUCUUGGACGAGGCCCAACACAUCAAAAAUUUCAAAUCCCAGCGUUGGCAGUUGCUCUUGAACUUUUCCAGUCGAGCUCGCCUGUUACUCACCGGCACACCCCUUCAGAACAACCUCAUGGAGUUGUGGUCACUCAUGCACUUCCUAAUGCCUAACGUGUUCCAGUCCCAUCGCAACUUCAAGGAAUGGUUCUCUAAUCCACUGACAGGCAUGGUGGAAGACACGGCCGAAUACAACGAUAGCUUGGUGAAGCGGCUCCACAAGGUCUUAAGGCCGUUUCUCCUGAGGCGACUCAAGAACGAGGUCGAGAAGCAAAUGCCCAAGAAAUACGAGCAUGUCAUCAAAUGUCCACUCUCCAAAAGACAACGAUUCCUCUACGACGACUUCAUGUCUCGUUCCAAGACCCAAGAAACACUUGAGACUGGCAACUUCUUGAAUGUGAUUAAUAUCCUGAUGCAAUUGAGGAAGGUGUGCAACCAUCCCAAUUUAUUCGAACCUCGCCCUACCGUGUCUCCGUUUGUCUGUGAUCCAAUCAUUACCCAAUACCUGGCGCCCAAACCCAUUCUCAAGGCUCUGGACUAUCAACCCUUGGAUGAGAUUGAUCUCAAGAACCAUUCUCUAUGUCUGACCAACAAUGAAACCACCUUAUCUGCCUUUGACGCCUUCAACUUGCACCGAUUAAAAGUGAACGACAUCCAGACUUGCGUGCGUCUCCUCGCCCUUGAAUCCAAUCAAAUCCAUGUCCCACCCUGUCCCAGAGAUGAAUUCCGAAUGAGAGUCAGACCCGUGCCUUUGAACACGAGAAAUCAACGUGAGCUGAUUCAGUUCUCAAACGUGAUCAACAACAACCUCUUUGUCAAAGGAAAGAAGGAACUGAGCAUCAAAAUUUACAAAGGAACCUACCUUCUAGUAAAAUCGUCUCAAAGCCCACUUUGGGCGUCGGAUCCCCAAUUGGGAUACAACUUCAAAGAUGCCAAAUCCGUCCAGGGUCCAGAAAAUGGCACGAUGGUCCAGUCCCCUUUAAAAAGGCCCCACGAGAGCUCGGAACUUUCUCCCGUUCCACCUAAAGUAGCUAAACUCGAGGACGGUGAAGAGAAGAAGGUCGAGCAAGGUCCGCCCAAAACUGCCAUGGGAAUAUUUUCGUCCAAGCUGUUUCAAGGAGGCUUAAAAUCUCGACAAAAAAUGGUUCAAAGAGAGUACUUAGAGGUGGUGACCCAGGAUUUAAAACAAAAGUUCCUUUUGAACGAGUCCCGAUGUCGAACCACUCCCUUUUACGGGCUCGAUCUCGUUCAAGCCGUGUCAAAUGUAGUCAGGUCCCUCGCUCAUUUGAACUAUGACCUCCCUCAAACCUUCGAUCGAGUCAUCUUGGAGCGUUUCCACAUUUUCGUGCCACCUGUACUCUUGGCCAACACCGCCAUCCCCACAACCGUCAAAACCGCCCCCCUGAUUCAAGAGAUCCUUGCGAAUGAACCAAAUCAACAUGGCAUUAACUUCAAUCUCCUCCUCCCCGAACUGAGACUCAUCCAGUACGAUUGUGGCAAGCUUCAAGUCAUGGGUGGCCUGUUGCGAAAGCUCAAGGCUGAAAACCAUCGAGUGUUGGUCUUCACGCAAAUGACCAAGAUGUUGGAUGUCUUGGAGAGCUUCUUGAACUACCACGGAUUCAUUUAUCUCCGGUUGGACGGAGCCACGAAAGUGGAACAGAGACAAGCUCUUAUGGAACGAUUCAAUGGGGAUCCGAAAUAUUUCUGUUUCAUCCUCUCCACUCGAUCUGGAGGUGUUGGCAUCAAUCUAACUGGAGCAGAUACUGUUAUCUUUUAUGACUCGGAUUGGAAUCCCACCAUGGAUGCUCAAGCCCAGGAUCGCUGUCACCGAAUCGGUCAGACGAGAGAUGUGCACAUUUAUAGAAUGAUCAGUGAGCACACAAUCGAAGAGAACAUUCUGAAGAAAGCCAAUCAGAAAAGACUCUUGGGAGAUUUGGCGAUUGAAGGAGGUAAUUUUACUACAGCUUCUCUAAAGUCCCAAACCAUCAGAGACAUCUUCAACGUGAACAAAAACGAUGAAACCGACGAGAGAGACAACGAUGACGAGGAAAAGCAAAAGAACUCGUCCGUGGGAGCCUUCGAGAGUGCUAUAGCUGCUGUUGAAGAUGAACUUGAUUCGCAGGCCCUCAUUAGCGCCCGUAAAGAAGCAAAUGAGGAUGCCGAUGAUUUCGACGAGAACGACAAAUCCCCUCAAGACAACAUUCAAAGCGGAUUCCUCAGUCAAUUGACUCCAAUCGAAAAAUAUGCAUACGGACUGAUGGAGCAUAUUGAAGGCGACUGGAAAGCUCAACAGAUCAAUGCUGCCGAAUCGGAAUUAGCCCAUCAAAAGAAGCUGUUAAAUGAUCAGAAAAUUGAAGGUCUAGACAAAAACGACGAUGAGGAGGAAGAAGCGGACGAGAACGGCGAAGAAGAAGAAGGCCAAGAUAAUCAAGCCCAGGAUCAAGGCGAGUCCGAAAAUGACGCAGACGAUGAUAACGGCGACGAAGAACAACAAGACGACGAGGAUAUGGACGAAGGAAGUGAUGACGAGGAAGGAGAUGAUGAGGAAGACGAAGAAGAGGAGGAGGAAGAAGAGGAGGAGGAAGAAGAAGAAUCUAGUGAGGACGACAGUGAUCCUGAAGUGAUCCGAAGUCCCAAAACCCGUUCUAGGGGAAAUGUUAGAAUCAACUUGUGGUCACUCUAGUUGAGAGAAUGUUCAUCAAAAGUUGAUGUAGAAAUAGAAUCAAUAGAAGAAUAAAUAGUUGACCCGAACAAA